AUGUUGCUGCACAUGGACGCAGACUACCAUCACAUCUUCGAUGGCUGUGAAGAGGCGUGGGUCGCGUGGGCGCGUUUGAAGACGCUGUACGGCGGAUUGCAGAAGGCUGGACGGAUCUAA